GCAAUCACUCCCCAUCGACGUGUCGACGCGCCGCUGCCACGCGCGCCGACGUUGCCGUACAGUCGUUCGAAUGGAGCCGUUCGGUGUCGUCGCCCUGUCCCUGUUCCUGGGGGCGCUCAUUCUCCUCAUCACGGUGGUGGUGAGCGGGUCGCGAAAGACCCUGCCGCAGGAGAGCGGCGGUGGCAACAGCAGCAGCGACGAAGACGGUAAAGUCAGUAAUGGUGUGAACGAUCGAAAUGUAGCAUCAAAGAAGCAAAAGUUGCUACGUUCACGCAAAGAAAAGUUGCAGCAACACGUGUUUACCCACCCUUUGCUGGCCACUUCACUGAAGGGCCACAGCGCGAAUAUCAGCUGUCUAGAUUUUAGUAGCAAUGGAAAGUACCUGGCCUCCUGUGCUGAUGACCGUACAGUUCGGAUUUGGAGCACAAAAGAUUUUCUUGAACGUGAUCAUCGUUGUAUGCGAGCUAAUGUUGAACUUGAUCAUGCUACACAUGUAUGCUUCAGCCCUGAUUCUAGAGCCUUCAUCGCAUGGCUAGCAAAUGAAGAAACAAUCCGUGUUUUUAAAAUGACUAAAAGGGAUGAUGGUUCGUUCACAUUCACUGCUGCACCAGAAGAUUUUCCAAAGAGGCACAAAGCUCCCAUUAUCAAUAUUGGAAUUGCCGAAACAGGAAAGUUCAUUAUGUCUGCCUCCAAUGAUACUACCAUCCUAAUCUGGGAUCUAAAAGGAGAGGUCCUUACUACAAUUAACACUAACCAAAUGAAUAAUGCUUAUGCCACCGUGUCUCCUUGUGGAAGGUUUGUGGCUUCCUGUGGUUUUACACCGGAUGUGAAGGUUUGGGAAGUUUGUUUUAGCAAAUCAGGAGAAUUCCGAGAGGUCGUGAGAGCCUUUGAUCUAAAAGGGCAUUCGGCUGGGAUUUACUCAUUUAGUUUCUCCAAUGACUCCAGAAGAAUGGCAACAGUUUCAAAAGAUGGCACCUGGAAGCUGUGGGACACCGAUGUUCAGUACAAACAGCAGCAAGACCCAUACUUGUUGUUAACUAUGAAGUACGAUGUUUCUGAUUCUUGCCGAAUCGCUCUUUCUCCUGAUGCCAGGGUGGUAGCUAUUUCCAAUGGCUUCAACAUCACAAUGCACAACACCAAGAUGGGCAGGCAGGAGGAAGAAUUCCUAAAUGUGCACGGCGAGGACAUUGUUGGCUUGGCUUUUGACAUCAACAGUAGGUUCUUAGUUUCCAGUGGCGAUCGUGCUAUUCGGGUAUUCCACAAUGUGGUGGGUUACCGUGCAGUUAUUGAAGAAAUGGAAGGCAGACUAAAGAAAGCAACAACAGAAGCAAUGCGCGAGAGGUUGCAGCAGCAGAUCGAUGAUGCGAAGAAUGCAUUAGAUGUAAUUUGUACAAAAAAUCAAUAACUGCAACAAACCAGGUUGCCUUCCAUUUCCUGUGAUUUUGGGGUCUCUCGACUGAUGAAUGUCUAUGACUUCACUUUAUGAUAUCUUGUACUAUGUGGGUACCGUAGCCCAUGCCAUUAUAUUCCACCUGUGUAAGGGAACCUCAAGAACGACCAAAAUUGAUGCCCAGGACUGAAUUUUAAUCUGUUUUGGCUGCAGCGGAAUGUCUAUAAAUGAGAAUAUAUACAUUUUCAAACUUUGUACUUGGUCUUUUAUUGUUUUGUUCCACAGCAGCAAUGCGUAUUACUAAUGUGUUGCGUAUAGAAACUGGCAAUGUUUUGUGGAAUUUUGAACAAUUGUUUACAGAGUUUAAUUUUGUAUUGAAGUGAUGAAUAUUCAAAAUGUAGAACCAUGCAGAAACCAUCCACAAUUUUUGUAUAAAUCCAAAAGCAAAAUGGCACAGAGACAUGCAUAAAAUAAAAUGAUCAAAUACUCAACUA